AUGGACUUCGAUCCAUCGUAUAAUGAAGGCCCCGUCGACUGGAACUUCCCGAGUCCUAAUGCAACCCCAACGCACCAGUCCUUCGGAAGCAAUGCUAUGCAGACGCCCAAGACCUCGACCUUUCCCUCCCAUUUCCAAGACGCAUUUUCCACCCCUCAGUUCCCCAGCUACGCUACGCCUCAGCCCACGCAGAAUCCUUCGAUGACUCCGAUCCAAAGACCGCACACCUCCUCAGACACCUUGCGGUCGAAUUACUACGCACAGAUUACGGGAGGAGGGGGCCAACAUUAUGCACAAGCUGUCCAUCCAUCUUCACAGUCGGACGGUGGCAUGGCUGCUAUCAGUCCAGCGUAUGCGGGUGUAUACCCUGCUGCCAUGCCACAGCACAUGAGUCAAGGAUUCGAUCCCACACAAAUGCAGACACCACCCCCGACCCGUGGCACGUCUGCAAAGAGGUUACAACAAGCGCAACAAAUUGCAUUUGGCACACCGUCGACCAUUGCCUCGCGGAGAUUCUUGACUCCUCAGGUCCCGACCGUGCCUUCGAGCCAGGAGAUGCAUGGCCACCAAACGCCCGUGCAAUUCCCGCAGCUGCAAUUCUCGCCUGAUGUGUAUCAAUUCGCCCAUUUCGGCCCGGCUUCAGCACCUGUCCUACCGCACUCGAGAAUCCUGUGGGACCCAAUGACGAGCCCUGUACACCCUAUGCCACCGCCGCCGCUUGAUGAUCCAUUCGCUCCCGUCCCUUCGACUGGUAUGACUUGGGGAAGCCCGGCACUUCCACAGGGUACUUCACCAAGUGCGAUUUUCGACACGCCGGCGAUGAACGGGUUUGCUGUGCAAGGCAUUCCUCAACGCCGUGCUGCAGCGAGACCCGUGUCAGCAAGCUUCCACACUUCUCACCAGAGUCCCCCCGCGGCGGGCGUCAAUCCCUCCUUGGUGUACAGCUCUCCCAUUCCACCCGUCGUGCGGUCAAAUGCCAAGCCAAACAAAGCGAGAGUCUCGUCCGCUCCUCAGAAGAAGAGUGGUCCACUAGAUGCACAGAACCGGUUGGAAGCUGCCGACGCUCCGCCAAAUCGUUCCACCGCGCCUCUCCAACGAAGCAACACAACCGGCAUGUCCCGGGCGAAGAGUGCCCUGUUGUCCAUGAGCGAUGCUCGUAGCAGUGCUGGAAGUGCUAUCAACCGAACCGCUUCGCCGGCGAAACGGCUCGGUAGACCUUCGUUAGGCUCCAUAGCUGAAGCACGACCGAGACAGCGAACGUCAGUUGUGCUCACUGUUGAUGAGAACGGCACCGCACGCACCGAGACGAAGCGGAUCGACAGCAGUCCUGCGCGAUCAAUACGAGAGCGGUAUCCCGCCCUCUUCGACAGCGAUUCAAGCGAUGCUGAGACGGACACGAGCGAGCGACUCCCUAGUCGACCGUCGUCUUUCAUCUUUGACAAACGUGAUGAACGUAGAUCUAAAGCGGCCAAGUUGGAUCCACCGGUCGAGAACCUCGAGGGGCUCAGUCUUCCGCGCUCAAACUCAUCCGCCUCUUUGAAGAAGGGCAUACCCCUCCCGCGUGCUGUGAUUGCCGCUACCGCGCAGCUACGUCGCCAUGGGAGCAUGAAGCGGGCGACGCAUGGACGGAGCAUGAGGAGAAACCCGGCCGCGAGCUCGGCGUCCUCGUUGAUUGAGACGACGUCUCAGGCUGAGGCGACUACCUCCCUGCCAGUGCAAGACCACAGCCCGCAAGCAAGUCAUGACGGCACCGCAUUCGGCGGGCCUCCUCCUUCAAGCGCAGAAAGCACCCUCAACAUGUACAACCGGCGCUGGAGCGUAAUGUCUUUCGAACAACACCCACAAGCACAACCGCAAGCACUCCCCGCGCUCUCGCCUCAACAACCCCAAUACCAGCAUCACCAACAACACCCUCCGCAACACCAACAACAAUACUACCCCCCACCCUUCACCGGCGAAAGCGGUAUCUACCCACACCACCAACAACCCGCCCUCCAAAUCCGCUGCGUCUGCGGCCUAGGCGACACCGGCUUCCGCCUAAUCCAAUGCACCUCCUGCACGCAAUGGCUGCACGAGCCGUGCGUGGGCAUAGGUCCGCAGGACGCGCCACCGCCGCACUUUACCUGCUUCCUGUGCACCAAACCGCCGCCGCGCCACCACCCCCGGUCCGCUAAUAAUGCUUCUGUACGAUGA